ACAAUCUCAAAGCGAGCUCAUUUCUGCUUUCACGUUCCUUUUCGAAGAGAGUGUGCGCUGGUUCCGAUGAGAGAACUCAGCCGUAACUCGGGGUGUAUUUCAUAACCCGGGCUAACCAUCCUCCCACAUGCGCUGACACGUCUCCAGAUAUUACACACAUCCCGUCGGUCGGCGGAGGGAACAUUUACUUGUUUGGUUUGACACAUUGUGAAUACAUACAAGAGACGCGCAGAGGGGGAAGAUGUUGCUGAAGGAGUACAGGAUAUGCAUGCCCCUCACAGUGGAGGAGUACCGGAUCGGGCAGCUGUACAUGAUCAGUAAACACAGCCAUGAACAGAGUGAUCGAGGGGAAGGGGUGGAGGUUGUCCAGAAUGAACCUUAUGAAGACCCGGAGCACGGCCAAGGGCAGUUCACGGAGAAACGAGUCUACCUCAACAGUAAAUUACCCAGCUGGGCUCGAGCAGUGGUUCCCAAAAUCUUCUAUGUGACAGAGAAAGCGUGGAACUACUAUCCUUACACCAUAACAGAAUAUACAUGCUCAUUCCUGCCCAAAUUUUCCAUCCACAUAGAGACGAAAUACGAGGACAACAAAGGGUGCAAUGACAAUAUCUUUGACAACGAGCUGAAGGAGCAGGAGAGGGAGGUGUGUUUCGUUGACAUCGCCUACGAUGAGAUCCCCGAGCGCUACUAUAAAGAGUCUGAGGACUUGAGAUAUUUCAAGUCGGAUAAGACGUCGCGGGGGAUCCUUCAGGAGGGUUGGAGGGACACCCAGAGUCCAAUCAUGUGCUCUUACAAACUGGUCACUGUCAAGUUUGAGGUGUGGGGUCUGCAGACCCGCGUGGAGCAGUUCGUACACAAGGUGAUUCGGGAUGUGCUGCUGCUUGGGCAUAGACAGGCAUUUGCCUGGGUGGAUGAGUGGAUCGACAUGACAAUGGAUGAGGUGAGAGAGUUUGAGCGCACCAUCCAGGAGGCCACCAACCAGAAGAUUGGGAUAAUUCCCCCGUCGAUUUCCAUCAGUGAGACACCCCUGUCCUCUUGUGCCCUCACUGGCCCUGCCAGCGCCCCCUCCACCCCUAUGUGCACUGAUGCGCCCGAGUCCCUCUCUGUUCCCAAGGACCGACCUCGCAAGAAGUCUGCCCCAGAAACCCUGACCCUUCCUGACCCCGUCCCAAGUGGUGUCCCCCAGGGCUCUAACCUCAGCCCCCUGCCCGUUUCAAACCACCUUCAGUCAUCCACACCACCCUCCUCCAACUCCGAUCUUACAGAGAUGGAUGAGCAGUAGAGGGACCUUGAGUUGUCUUCCCCCAUGCCUUGCUUUGCUUAUUCACCCAACCCCAAUGUCUUAGUAGCUCAACGAGACUAGCCAGACCUCCAAACACCAGUGCCCAGAGAUUCAAGUUCUCUAGCCAUAUCCCAUGAUUUGCCAUAUUCCUGGACACACACCAAUCACUCCAGAAGUGUUCAUCAGUGUCACUAAUGCCAUCGAGACAGCUGUAGGCUCAGCCACCCCGACGUGGCUAAUUUCCUCUUCCUGUGAGUCUGACCAGCCACAUGUCUCAUAUUUUAUAACAACCAGCUGUGAUGUCUAAUCAAAUGAAAGAGCAUCCGUAAUUAUUUUUUGUUGACCAACAGUUUCUUGUUAUAUGAAUAAAUUAUUGGUAGUGUUUCCUUAGUCAUGUUUUCUUCAAUCAGAUAAGCUGAUUCCUUUCAAGCUAUUGAACUAUGUAGUUGCCUUAACACCACAGAGCCAUUGGUGUUUAUUAGUUUUGACAAUGUGCGCAAAUGAACGACUGAUAAAUACUGUCAUUUUUUUCACCUGUAAAAUGGCCAUAUGUAUUAAAUUAGGAAUAAAAUCAAUGACACAAACUAGAGAAGCACAUUAGAUCCAAUACAUUAGUGUAACACACACUACAAAGACAGCCAAUUACCCUCAUGAUAGAACUGCUUAGAAACUGUUUCCUGAGCCGUCCAAACUGGCCUGUGGAUCAGAUUGCACCCAUCCUGUCCAUCCCAAAUCCAAUAAUACAGCAGAUGCAAGAUCAGUACAAUCAGAGAACGUUUACACCUCAGGUCUCCCCGACUCUACCUGGCUCACACUCCAAACGCAGGGAUGUUGUUGUACAUUUCUGUUCCUGCUUAUUUGCCGAACAGCCACAUUUUAUACCUCCACAGAUACUAUCGAAACUGUUGUAUGUACAGUACCAGUCUACUUAACCCUUGGAAUGUUUACACAUCAGAAACCUUGAAGGAUUUGCAUAUUAGUGGUAAUGUUGUAGGUUAAGCUGUUGUUAUAUCUGCACUCGCGGUUUUAGCAUGACAGUUGAAAAUUAAAUUUGUUGAAGUUUCUGUCUGCAUAUAUCUUACUCAAGUUUACUGAGAGGUCAGUACAACAAAAAAGUAGAAACAUUUUUUUUUUGCCUGAAACUAUGCUGGAUGUCUCAUGUGACAUAAAUGUGAUCCAGUUUUAUCAAAUCAGCAAAUCACUUUAAUGUCAUAUGUAGGAACAAGGCCAUUUUGGGGAGUUUUUAAGCACUGACUGCUCUUUGUGCCCAGUGGAGGGCUUUUCAGAAAUGAAAAGUCAGAGUUUGAUUUGAGGAGAAAGGGAACGUGCAUCAAGCCGACUUGAGUAUGUGCUUUGCUUUUGACACCCUUGCUUUGCCGGUGCUGCUUGGUAAUACUAAGCCCGUGCUUUGGUGGGCAUGUGUAAUGAUUUCAAAAUGUGAACAUCCUUUACAGUGACCCAUUAUUUUUUCUGGGCUUCCACUGCCACUUACCAUCUAAAGGACAAACAAAUGUAAGAGGAGGAUAGUUAAAUUUAACCCCCUUUUUCCAUACAAUGUGUUAUUCAAAGAGGGUUUUAUAUGCUGCAUGGAAUGUUCACAACAUAUCUGCAUAUUAUGUGAAAUUCUAUGUAUAUACUGUAAAUGAAGUGAUUGGUACAGUAUAUUUGGUGAUGCAACUGUAUGAAAAAAGUGAAUGCCAACUUUGGAAGCUCUGUACUAACUUUGUGUAAUAGAAAAAGCAGACUUCGAGCGAAACGUAAGCAUGCCCAGAGAAUAUAGGCCUACAAACUCUUUCAACUCAGUGCCUCUGCAUGCAUUAUUGUAUCAUUGCCUACAUGUGUUUAACCAAAAUCUAUUUGUCAUCUAAAGAAACACAACAGUUCAUCGCACAACAGUUCAUUUUUUUUUUUUUUUUUUUUUUUUUUUGCUCGUUUUCUAUCUCAAAUGUUUCAUUUAACCAAAAGUAAAAAUGGGCAACAGCCCCAUAAUACAGUAGCUGAAUUACAGCAUAAUCGGAUCAAAUGAACCAUAUCAAGCUACAUCACCAGUCUCUCAAGUAACAGGGCUAACUUGUUAUAUUUUAAAAAACUGGCCCAUUUUAGUUCCCCUACCCAUAUCAAUUAGUUUGAACUUUACAGCGCAAAUGCAUUUUGCACUUACCUGUCUUUGACACCUUAUUUGAAAGUAAAGAAAUGUGUUACAUCUAACACAUUCUUGUUGGGUUUUUUGGACCAAAGUCCUAUAAUACAGCAUGAUGACUUCAAAGAGAGCAGGUUCAAGGAGAGAGUCCUCAGUGGUCUUGCCAUAAAAUACUAUUAUGUGCAGUUCUCACUUGCUUUUGUUAAAAAAACAAAACAAAACCAACUGUAGCUAUUUAUCUGUAACUGUAGCUUUUGUCUUUGCCUUUUGAGGAUACAAAUGUUAUAUACCUGUUAUUGGCCCUAUUAGCUAUCAGUUAUGUAUAGAUUAUACAUGCUUAAAGCUCUGGUAUUGGUCAUCUCUCUUGUCAGGAACACAGAGAUCCAGGGAUAUGUUUGAUCUACCAUGGGCUAUUAAAAAUGAUGCAAAAUAUCCAGUUGCGUAACAUUAACCUCUGCUCUGUUUAAAAGAGUAACAUAUUAGGUAUUGUAAAUACUGUUGUUAAUGACUAAUAUUGUAGGUUUCUUACAUGGAAUCUGUUCCAAGUUGCAUUACUGAUGUGACAUGAAUGUGCUUAAAGAUUUCAAGUAGACAGAGAAGGAUUUUCUUUUGUGUUUGUUCAGUAAGAAUUACAUCUUUACAGACAUGAAUUAAAGGUUCAUUUUAAUCUAGGAGUAAUGUGUGUCUGUAUCUAUGAAGUCAUCUGUUGAGGACACAGAAUUUAGUUAAAUUCAGAUUAUGAAGAUUACUCAUUGUAUCGGUGCACUUUUGACUUUCCAGUUGCUUUUGGUGACCUUGCAGGGCAAAUCUGUUUGUACAAGUUGUAAAUCAAAUUAAGCUUUUCUUUUCUGUGGGGUGGUGUGGGGUGAGCUGCUUUGACGUUACUUGCCAUGUUAACUGAGAGGUGAUUGACUUUUCUGUUGUUUCCUUUUUUGUAGUAAACCUGCUGUACUUAAAUUUUUGUGGUUGCUGUAUUGUUUAAAGAAAUUUUUUAGUUACUUUGUCAUUAUUUCGCUGGAUAAAAGGACCAAGCUUUGACUCCUCCUACCCUUCUAAUGAUGCAUUUUGCAUUCGGCCAGGCUAUUGUGCUGUCUCCUGAUAUAACUGGGACCUGUAACACCAUACAAGAUUACUGAGUUAGCUGUGCAGUGGCGCUGAGUGUGUGUGCACAGUGUGUGUACUUCGCUCUCUGUUAGACAUCAGAUGUGGUUCUGGCUUAUCCAGCUUUCUGCAUUAAUAAUGCUGUGUGAAACAGGCCCCAGAAGUGCCAUUGGUGUUUGGCUGCUGGAAGUCGCUCUUAGUUCUUCCACUUAAUCUGUUAUUAUAUUUGUUAUAUUUUUACUUUGAGGUUAAUUUGGUCCUUUGUUGUAAUUAUUGUUUUACUUUUUCUGAAAUAGACAAAUAAAGUUUGCUAGUUAUUG